AUGAUUAAUGCUCAUGGUGAAUGUGCUACCGGAUCUGUACAAGUGAAUGCAAUAUCACCAAGUGGACGAGUUCAAUCGUGUGCGGUGUCGAAACGUGCUAACUCGUACACGGCCAGUUUCACACCUCAGCAAGUUGGUGAGUUCGCCACGUAUUUCUUUGGAAAACGACAUGUUAUAAAUGUUUGUUUGUGGAAAGUUGGCAUUCUGUACGAAGGUGAACAUAUUCGUGGAAGUCCAUUCUCGUGUCAAGUAUUCGACGCCAGUCUGGUGCAGGUCUAUGGAUUAGAUAUUGGCCUUGUGGGGCAAGAAUUGAAGUUCAACAUUAAUGCAUCGGAAGCUGGACGAGGCAAUUUGGAGGUGUGCUUUAUUUUGCUUCCGUAUGAAUUUAGAGAAUAA